CGACAAUGAAUCUUUUCCGUCCAGAUCCUACCACAACGUUAGCUUUACACCGGUUACUAUUAGUUGUUUUUGUAGAAAGCCUCACCAUGGUCCCUACUGAGACGGAUCCUCUGGUACAAAAUGGGAAUGGAAAUGCCCGAAACUUACCGAGAGCAUUUUCCUAUCGGUCGAUGCUGGCGGCAACCGUGUUAAUUGUUUCUGGCGCUGGAGGCGUUGUUUGGUGGAUGCGUCGGCAUUCCAUCAGAACCCCCUCAGGAAAUGGGGCUUCUUCCUCCCACUCCCUUCGUAACAACUUUACAAUGUACCUGGACGAAUACCAAACUCACGAGUACACAGCGACGCAAUUUAUCAGUUUCACCAUCAACACCCUCGGCGGGUUGCAAGCACAUGGGGAAUGUGAAGGUCGUCACGUCGAUCCCGACACGAACUCGUGUUACCUGGGCAACGCCAAAAAUAUCAGCGAGGACAUUUUGCAUCGAGUCGCUAUCGUGGAACGCGUCCUACAACGAUUGGAGCAAGAUGCCUUUGACGAGGACCCAGAAAUCGACUCUUCUCCGUCGGUGCUCAAGAUUUUUGCCAUGCCCGAGUUCUUUUUGCGAGGACCGAACGGAGCCUACUCUAGCUACCAAAUGAUCGAUCGAGAAGGUCAAGAAAACGACGGCUUGCUAGUUCGUAUGGCCGAUCGAAUUCGAAAAUUCAUUGCCAAACCCGCCUUUCAAGAUUAUCUGUUUGUAUUUGGAACUGUCCUCGUGGCCGAAUCGCUGGACGACCCCGGCAAGGGCUUUUGGGAAAUCGAGAAUGUAACCGCCGACAGCGUGCUCUACUCCAACUUUGCGCCCAUUUACAAGGGUGGUACAGGACACAAACAUCAGUAUCUGCUACAGAAGCGCUACAUUAGUGGCGCCGAUUUCUUGUCCCGCACAACUCUGCCCAACCCAGUAAAGGCCAAUCUACGAGACUACGCGGACGCCUCCGAACUCUCGUUUUUGCAACAAACCCUGCAGAACCGUAACACAGUACUCGUGGAAGGCAAUGUAAUUGAGUUGGAUGGUUUGCGAAUUGGCGUAGAAAUAUGUCUCGAUCAUCGGAUGGGGUCACUCUGGCGUAGCAUACAAGCUCAAAAUCCACGGGGCGCUAUUGACAACGAUAACUUGGUGGACGUUCAAUUGAUUGUGUCGGCCGGCAUGUCAAUUGAACGUGGUCCCAAUCCCGUCCGUACGGGCGGCGUGGUCUAUCUCAGUGACGGCGAAGCGUCGUCGGCUGUCUGCUUACGAACCGAUACCGGAGUUUUUGAUCCCGAUGUUGUUUGUCGAGAGCACGGACCGGGUGGCCGGCAGCAUCUGCAGCCGUUCGGCGGUGCUGGAUACACCAAUUUUGUUUCCGUGUCCGGAUGCAUCGACAUGGAGGAAAUCGAGUUACUGCAAGGAUACUACAGCAUGUAUCAGCCGCAGGGUUGCGCGAAUACUCUCAAAACUUACGGGAUCGACGUCAUGGAUGAAUUCAAGUACUAUCCACCUAGUCUCGAGAUCUACCCUAUCAUUGGCUUGCCCCCCCAGAGGGAGAAGUAA